GACCACUGGGACUAAUUCUCAUGGCAAACUUGUGGCCAGCCCAAAGCACCAGGCUUCACAUUCCGGUUGUGCUUGGUUAUCGCCCAAGAUCGGCUUCCACAAGAGAUGAAAUGUGGUCUGAGGGACGCUAUGACUACGAACGACUUCCGAGAGAUCGAGUGCCUCCCCGGAGCCAUUCCAGUGAUGGCUACCAUAGAGUAGUUAAUGUUGUGCCAAAGAGACCGCCUCUGCUAGACAAGAGACCACCUCUGCUAGACAAGAGACCGCCCCUGCUAGCCAGACCUGAUGAAGGAGGCUACAGUAGAUAUUACAGUCAUGUUGAUUGCCGAGUAUGUGACGAGGGCCGCAGUUUUUCUCAUGAUCGAAGAAGUGGCCCAUCUCACAGAGGAGAUGAAUCUAGCUACAGAUGGUCAAGAGACGAUCAUUCCACAAGCCGGCAGCCUGACUACAGGGACAUGAGAGAUGGCUUUAGAAGAAAAAGUUUCUACUCUUCCCAUUAUUCAAGAGAUCGGUCUCCCCAUAAAAGGGAUGCUUCAUUCUUCAGAGAGUCACCUGUAGGCCGGAAGGACUCCCCACACAGCAGAUCGGGCUCCAGUGUCAGCAGUAGAAGCUACUCUCCAGAGCGAAGCAGAACACACUCCUUCCAUCAGUCUCAGCAUAGAAAGUCCUCGCGUGUCGGUGCUUCCUACAAACGACAGAAUGAAGCAGUUCGAGGAAGAGGUAAAGAGAGAUCCAUCCAGUCUUUGAAAACUUCAAGAGAUACUUCACCCUCAAGUUCCUCAGCAGUGUCUUCAUCCAAGGUGUUAGACAAACCCAGCAGGCUAACUGAGAAGGAACUUGCUGAGGCUGAAAGCAAGUGGGCUAAUGAAACACUAGAGAAGUCAGACGAAAAUAACUUGGCCGAAAUUUCUGAGUUUGAGGCGGGAUCCACAGCACCCUUAUUUAUUGACCAGACAGAAGAACCUGAGUCAAACACAACAGAUGGUACAGAAAUGUAUGAAGACAGCCAUCUUAGCAGCCGCUCGAAAGCCAUUGCAUUGAAAACCAAAGAGAUCGAGCAGGUUUACCGACAAGACUGUGAGACUUUCGGGAUGGUGGUGAAGAUGCUGAUUGAAAAAGAUCCCUCAUUAGAAAAGUCGAUCCAGUUUGCAUUGAGGCAGAACUUACAUGAGAUUGGUGAGCGCUGUGUUGAAGAACUCAAACAUUUCAUUACUGAGUACGAUAAGUCUACUCAAGAUUUUGGAGACCCUUUUUAGAAGAAGUAGUGCCCAGGUCAAAAAAAAUUUUUAGAUUUUUUUUUUUCUCCUUGGAUUGUGUAAAUCCUUACUAUUUUGUGAUGAAGAGAAAUACUUUAUGAUAGCUGAGCACAUUUCUAGAAUUAAAUAAAACAUCUACAAUAGCUUUUAAAGUAUCUUAAUUAGAAGGUUUCCCCUGUGUGUAGACUAUUCUAUUCUAUCUUUAUACACUUCCUCCCUCCAAAAAUAAUGUUCAGUUAUUAAUGUUCAAAAAGAGCAGUUCUGGAGAGCAGCUUUCUGUAUUUAGCUCAUAUUCCACAGUCUUCCAUGAUGUUCUAGGAUAAUCUCGUUACCCUGUAAAGUUCUUUGUGUUCUGCUGUUGAUUUCAGCGGAGUGCUGAGUGCUGUUGAGACUUUUGUAUUAUUAUUCUAAUUGCUCAGCCUUCAUCAGAGUUUGUAAACAUCUCCCUUACUUUCUGAUUGGUUUCAUAAAGCACUGAUGGCCUAUAGGUCAGGAGCGGAAAAGCAGGACAUUAAGGCAGAGGUAGGAACUAUGGGAAGGUUUUGUGCAGAGAAUUUGCCACCCAGACACAAAGGAAGUCUGACCUUCAGGGACUGAAUGAGAGAUAAUGGACUACGUGACAAACGUGGACCAAAAUAAGUGGCUUAAUUAAGUUAUAGGAGCUAGUUGAGAACAAGUCUAAGCUAUAAGGGCUAGGUGUUCAUAAAUAAUAAAAGUCUCUGUGUCAUUGUGCGGAGCUGGUGGGUCAAAACAGGCUGACGAUGGCGAUCAUUUGGUCUCAGGAGUUUAAUUUGAUCAUUCCAGGUUGCAUACAAUAGUGGCACUGUUUGAAAUAGCGUUUGAGUUGGUGAUGUCAAAACAUGUUGUCUUAAUGAAUUAGAACUUUGCUGUCAUAUGAUAUUUGCCUUGAGAAUAAUUCUUAUCCAAUAUAGAAAAAAAGCACUUGAAAAUCUGUAAGGAUCUGUUAGAACAAAAUCUCCCGGUCAGUGAACUUAGUUCCUCUCUUCUGUGAAGUGCUCUGGAGGCUCCUUGCUGUUCUCUAGACAAUACUAUAGACUAACAGGAAGGGCAAUCUGAGAUGCAAGAUGAAUUUUAAGUUAUUGUCUCAGCAACCCUUCUUGUGGGUAUAAUAAAAAAUUAGAAUAUACAGAGCACUUAAAUUUUGUUUUAGGCCCAGAUUGUAUCAAAGAGGGGACCUGACAAGGCACUCAUGCUUGUGAUUAAGUUACUACAGAUGACUCUGUUUAUCUCCAUGAUCUCAGUUCUGUAGGCUUAGAGGUCUCACUCUUCACAAGUGUCCUCAGAAGAAACAGGCCAUCACAGCUUCCAGCAUGUUGUGAGUGAGCCAGUGAACAAGUGCAGAGACAAUCAGGGUCUUUUGCUCACUUCCUGGUCCCUUCCAGUAGUUCAUGGAGGCAAAAUACAUAAUUUGUGACAUUAGGCACCUUUAAAAUCACUGUUUUAAUUACUGCCCAAUCCCAUUACCUACUUUUUUUUUUUAAGUCAGGGUCUUAUAGUAUAGCCCUAGCUAGUCUGAAAAUCUCUGUAGACCAGGCUAGCCUUAAACUCACAGAACUCUUCCUGCCUUUACCUCCCGCUCGUGCGCUGGUGUUAAACCUAUGUGCCACUAUGCUCAGGAGCCUUUUUGGUUUUUUGUUUGUUUGUUUGUUUCUUUUUUUUUUUCUUUUUCAUUUCAUUCAAGACAAGGUCUUGCUGUGUACCCUAGACUGGCUUCAAACUUUCCUGCCCUGGCCUUUAACUCUUAGGAUUCCUGCCUCAGCUUUCUUGAGAUACAGAUGUGAGCCCCAAUGCUUGCCAUUACAUCCAGUGGCCUCUAUGAUCCGGUCUGCAGAGAUACCCCUAAAUCACAUACAGAUUAUAUUUAAAGUGGAAAUAGCAGUAUGAUUAGUCUUAAUGAUACCGACAAUGGAUGUGUGAAGAUCUCUAUUAUGCUGUUUUGAAAUUUUAACACUAAUUGAGGACAUUUUUUUUUUUUUAAGUUCCCUAAGUGCGAAUGCUUGGAAUUACGUUUGGCCUUGAGAUUCUACCCGGCCCUUUUAUAAGCGUAUUCCUCCUGAGUGCGUGCGAUGGCCAAUGCUGGUCACUUCAGUAAGGCCACGUGCUAGUUUCCUUUUUUCCCUUCCACUAAUUCUCAGCUCUUUCAAUCAAGUUGUUAACAACCAUAGCUAUAAAGUUUGAGAAGCUACCAAGGCAAAUAAAUUGUUCGCUUGGUAGCAAUUUUUAGAAAAACGAAUCUUACUAAUACAUUAUUUAAGUGAAGGUUCAGCCAGUAAUCUUCCCUCCAGUCACACUCGGCUUUGGAAGCUAGUUCCAGCUCACCGUCAGCGUUGUUCUGCUAGGCUCAACAGUGUUAAAUGUUUUGUUUGUCUUUGUCUUGUAACAUGCCUUUUAACAUCUAAAAUUCAUAUGUACUAGAAUAUGUAUUUUAUAAAAUGUUUUUUUAUUCUAUAAAGACAUGUUUGUAAAUUAUCAAUUGUUUUUCAUUUUACCUAAUCCAUGUGAUAAGUUUUCAUUGCCUCACCAUUUGAUUCUAUAGAGACAUGUUUGUAAAUUAGCCAUUGUUUUUCAUCAUACGUAACUCGCCGGUAAGUUUUCAUUGUGUCACCAUAAGGCCUUGAUGAUCAAUAUGGGGGAAGCAGAUACUGUAAAAUGAAAAAUAAAGCAUCCAAUACUAAGCAA